GCUUGUGUUUCAAUGAUUCUCAUUCCUGCUCCCGAACUGAACUGCUUCCUUCAGUCGCUGGGACUGAAACCUUCGGAAAAGCUGCUGGCAAGCUUUGACUGGAGCGUAUAGAUCUCUUGGUCUGCAGUUGUUUGCCGCUUCGCUCACUUCUCCUCCUUUCUGAGCUUGGCGCCCCCUCGCGGCUCGCACCCCCAACUGAGACAAAAUGAAUGCCUUCCAGAUGUCGAUAUCGCGGUGUAUCGUAGCGAUCACGCUGCUCUCGCUCAGUCUGGUGAACGCCCACAGUAUCAUCACCUAUCCCGGUUAUCGUGGCAACAACCUGCACACCAACGGCACGGUGCAGCAGACGAACGGAUUGGGUGUUGGAUGGGAGAACGGCUCAUACGUCUAUCCCUAUGGGAUGCAAUGGAUCUACCCGUGUGGUGGGAUGCCUACGUCGACGAACCGUACCAAAUGGCCCGUCAACGGAGGCGCGAUCGCUCUUCAGCCCGGCUGGUUCCAGGGUCACUCGACGGCCUUCAUGUAUAUCAACAUGGGCCUGGGGACGGUCCCUGACAACAUGAGUCUUCCGAUGGUCCCCGUCUUCGAGAUCACGGGCCCCAGCAACAACCCGUACCCGGGCACGAUCUGUCUGCCGCAGGUGCCCUUGCCAGCCGAUAUCAGCCCCAAGGUGGGCGACAACGCCACCAUCCAAAUUGUCGAGGUGGCCAAACACGGCGCAUCUCUGUACGAUUGCGUGGAUAUCACCUUUGCCGAAGACGACGAGGUCGCCGAGGUGACCAAGGACAACUGCUUCAACUCGUCGGACAUCGGAUUCAAAUAUGUCUUCGCCUCGAGCUCAUUAACGGCGACUAGCGUCGCCCCACUGCAUGGCCCUAGCCAGGCGCCAAUCGUCUCGGUGCUGCUGGCGAUGGCCCUGGGAGCAUGGAUCUUAUAA